GUGCGAUUCCCUUUCAAUUGCGACAUUGUGUACCUUUUAUCACCUGGGCUUCUCCAAUUCUCACAUUGCACUAGAUUAUCGAGAGAAACAUCAGCUACCACAGACAUAAUGGGCGACGCAGCGCUGCCUAAGGAGCAUAUACUCGUCGCAUUCUACGAGGACUUGGCGCCGGACGUAUUGGAAGCACUCCGGGUGAAGUUCUCCCCAGUGGAAGUGUCGAGUAUAGCGUUGAAGCGAGGAGAGGCAAUUCCCAGCGAACUGGCUCGCCAAGUAACCUACAUCGUCACAUUCACGAAUCUGCCGAACCCCGAGGAUGCCGAGAACAUUAAACUCAUCCAUUUCCUCUCGGCUGGCCUAGACCACUCCAUCCACCAUCCCAUUUUCACGGAAACCACGAUCCCCCUAACAAGUAGCUCCGGUGUUCACGGGCCCCCGAUUGCCGAAUGGACGUUGAUGAAUUGGCUCGUUGCCUCGCGCAAAUUCGCCUACACGUAUGAAGACCAGAAGAAGCAUGUAUGGCGCGGUAAUGUCGACGGUCACUUGCAGCGAAUCCACGAUCAGGUCGGGAAGAAGGUUGGGAUAUUGGGAUAUGGCAGCAUCGGACGACAGAUUGGCCGAGUCGCGCAGGCACUAGGAAUGGAGGUCCACGCCUACACAGCCUCACCGCGACCUACGCCGGCAUCCCGACACGACAACGGGUAUAUCGUGCCUGGGACGGGCGACAAAGAAGGCACAAUCCCGGUCUCCUGGCACCAUGGCACUGACAAAGCAUCCAUCCACGAAUUUCUCUCUCUGGGCCUCGAUCACCUGGUUAUUUCGCUCCCGUUAACACCGCAGACAACGCAUCUUCUCGGCGCCAAGGAGUUCGCGCUCCUGGCAGCUAACACGCGACCCAAACAUCCGAAGCCGUACCUGACGAAUAUCUCCCGUGGAAAAGUCGUGGAUCAAGAUGCACUGAUUGCGGCGCUGGAAUCGGGCGACUUAAGCGGUGCUGCGCUGGAUGUGACGGAUCCAGAGCCCCUGCCAGCUGAGCAUCCGUUGUGGGAGGCCCCGAACGUGCAGAUUAGUCCGCAUGUCAGCUCGUUGGGCGUGGAGUAUCUCCCAAGGUCAUUGGAUAUUCUGAAAGUAAAUAUCGGGAGGAUCGAAAACGGGUUGGAUUUGCUCAAUGAGUAUAAGAGGGGGAAGGGGUAUUGAAUUCCUUUGGUAUAGGGUUUUCGGUAGAUUUAUGUUGCUUUCGGGUUUUACUUACGAUAUGACGUCUAGGAUUCGUUGAAGCACGGAAACCUGUAUGCAUGAAAGCGAUUUUGUGAUCGAAGUACAAAUAUUAUACAUCAAUAUAUGGUAUGCUGGUAUGCUUC